AAACACGCCUUGAACAUUCUGCACACAACCCUCUAUUUCUGUUUCCCUUGGAGAACCUUCUUCACAUUGAUUUAGCUGUAUUUGCCCCUACCUUCUGUUCUAGAGCCACAACUGUAUGUAUGUAUAUACCCCACUGAAACUUCUCUCUUUUUCUCUUCUCCUUCCAUUUUUGUCAAUCUCCUAAAGCUUCCCCUUCUCUCUUUCGCUCUCUGCCACUGGGUGGAGAAUCUAUGGCAGCCGAUGCACCCAGGUUGCUUGCGACGCCUUUCUUGACCAAAACGUACCAGCUUGUUGAUGAUCACGCCAUUGAUGAUGUCAUCUCCUGGAACAUCGACGGAUCUGCUUUUAUCGUGUGGAAUCCGACGGAGUUCGCGAGAGAUUUGCUCCCCAAGUACUUCAAGCACAAUAAUUUCUCGAGUUUUAUUCGCCAACUCAACACUUACGGAUUUAGGAAGGUUGUGCCUGAUCGAUGGGAGUUCUCGAAUGAUUGCUUCCGAAGAGGCGAGAAAAAGCUUUUGCGCGACAUUCUGCGUCGGAAAAUCGCGACACCGUCAUUGGCCGCGAAGGCGACGGCUAGCGUUCAGCUGACUCCAGCUGCGCCACCUCGGACGUUGUCUCCAUCAGACUCCGGGGAAGAGCAGGUAGUUUCAUCCUCCAUAUCUCCGCCCGGCGCCCGCGAGUUCAGUAGUAACACGGCGGAGCUGAUUGGGGAGAACGAGAGGCUGAGAAAAGAGAACGUGCAGCUCAACAAAGAGUUGACCCACAUGAAGAACUUAUGUAACAACAUUUACGUUUUAGUGUCGAACUACUCUGGUAGUAUCAUCGCUGACAGAGAACAUAGUUGUAAAUUAAUUUUGACAGAAACCGCUCUGAGACCUUUGGAUCUUCUCCCAAUGACGAGAUUUUGCGAAGAAAUGGCAACGGCGGCGAACGGCGGCGGGGAAAACAACAUCCGACCAUCGGCGGAGGAAAUAAGCGCGAGAUUGUUCGGCGUGCCCAUAGGUGCGAAACGCGGGAGGGAAAUCGAAGGUACUUCGGCGGAGGAUGAGAUGCAUUUACAGCUACAGCUCCCAGGAAGAGAUAGUAAAUAUGAGCCGUUGGAUGAGGAUGAGAGAGGUGAUCAUCAAGAGUCAUCAUAGUCAAUGCUGACCAAGUCGAGGAAUCAAGAGGGUAUAUAAUUAAUUAAUAGUAAGCGGCUCCGCCGGGGAUUAGAACAGAUGAUUGGAUCAGAUGGAGUUGGAUUAUCACACAUAUGAUUGGUAGAAAUGUAUUCUAAUUCAUGUAUUUAUUUAACUUUGUUCUAGGAUUGAACAUGUAUAAGUAUAACAUGCUAUCUUGAACUCCUAAAAGCCUCCCUUCCAUGCCUGCAAAAAAAUUUAGUAGUUGAAUCUGUCAGACGGACGGAAGACAAUCCCAGCCAACCAAAGCUAGCUGAGAACGAUUCUCUACCAAAGAGGCCAUCGUUCAUCCACCAGACUUGAUUUCCUGU